AUGAGACGGGGCACACAAUUGGCCCUGCGCCAGACUAUCCCUGUGGGAUGCUCAGCGCAUGGAAUAAGCACCACAACACCACCGGAUCCUCUUUACCCAGCACACUGCGACACGCGCGAGGGAGCCCUUGCGGCACUACAGCCUAUACCCCUUCUGCACAGCCGACUUGCGCAUGUACAUUUCCUCCAUUAUCUCCUGCUGACGCUUGCAGUCGACACACGGCCCCUCCUUCGCCCGCUUGCCGUUCCACCAAUAUGUGAAGCAAAAUCCUCCAAUCGCAAAGACGAGGGCCGCAGGCGCCAUCAUAUAAGUGGCACGUGGCAAACGCCAGCCACGCCGCUGAGACGUCAGCCGCCCUCCGCGAACAACGUUGCUGUAUGGGACCUUGUCAGCUCCCGCGGGACCCUUUGA